AUGCAGAAUGUGCAGCGCAAGUUCGGUAAAUUGAUGAAGCGGUCUGCCGACAGGUCAGAUGUCGGAGGCAUUCUUAGCGAGUUCAGCACCGCAGACCUAGCCCUUGGCAGCUUCAUCGACGCGACUAGAUCAUGGCGCGAUGCUUGGGACGAAACUUUGAAAACACAGCUCUUUGUUGCCGAAACAUUGCAUUUGCUGUACAAGCCGAUCGAAGUCGAAGAUGAUCCGGACAAUCCUAUGCAGCACAAACCUGCUCCCACUCCACGAAGAUACCUGGAUAAGGCCAGUGAUUUGCAGUCAAUUUACUCGAAUCUUGGAAAGGAUUUGAGCAAUGAAAUCAACUCCAUCGAACCAAAACUUCUUAGGCCUGCCAUGGAUGCUAAAGAUUCUCUCAAGAUGCUCAAGAAAGCGAUCAAAAAAAGAGAGGACUUGAAGCUUGAUUAUGAGCGUUACAAUUCGCGCGUGGACUCCGCUCAGCGCAAGGAGACAAGAUCUGUCAGAGAAGAGAAUGCUUUGGUCAAGCACGAGGGCGAUCUUGCUCGCUCCAACGCCGAGUACCAAGCUGCCGACGAGCAGCUCAGGAGAAUCUUGCCUCCUGUCUUGGACGGCCUAUCAACACUCCUGCCACAUCUGCUUGCCAUUCAGAUCAUGAUUCAAUACCAGCUGGUGGGCCAGAUGUAUACGCAACUCCAUGAAUAUUGCCAGACGCACAAACUGCCUUCACCCGCUCCAGCUCUGGAGCAGGUCGUCUCGACAUUUGAAAACGAGUUCACACCAUUUCGCGAGGAUCUCGAGCGUAAUAUCAGGACUAUCUCGACUGGCAAAGCCAUACACCAACCCAUGAGUCUUCCUGACAAGCAGCAAGGCACUGUCACUGGACUUGGUCUACGCAACACUGCCAGAGGAACUUUUGCCAGGAGAACGAGCAGCCAAGGCUCGCUGCCUAAGCCUAGUAUGCCAGGACACUCCAAACCUACGCCGAUGGCUACGCCGGACGGAAACACUAACGGUGGAGCACCCCGCCCGGUGUAUUCUGCUUCCAGCACACCUAGCUCGACGUCGACGCCAUUCUUGACACCUUGUUCCACAUCGCAGCAGGCAGACUACUUUAGCCGAGAGCGCAGGACUUCGACGUCUUCAGGGACGUUCAGUGUCACGGGCAAGAAGAAGCCUCCACCACCUCCGCCUAAGAAGAGAAUACCAUCAUCGCAAGGUGAGUUCGUUACGGCCAUGUAUGAGUUUGCUGGUCAAGGGUCGGGAGACCUGGCUUUCAGAGAGGGUGAUAGAAUCAAAGUGGUGAAAAAGACUGGGUCGACGGAUGACUGGUGGGAAGGAGAGCUCAACGGGGUGGUGGGCAGCUUUCCUGCAAACUAUGUCAAGGUGGGAUGA